AAUUUACCCAUACCGAAAAGGCGUCGAUCAAAACGUAGGAAAUUCAGGAAUACCUCAGAUAGUGAUAUUAAUCCACUCUUGAAGAAGACUGUUGUGUAUAGCCAAGGGCAACCGAAUGAUUCAAAGGACGAUUACUAUGAUGAUGAGAUCGUGGAAACUACAUGGGUAGUCAAACUGGGAAACAAAAAAGUAACAAACAAAGAAAUGCUCGACUUCGUCAAUAGCCAGUUGAAGACCAACGAUUUAUUCCAAAAUGUCAUGAAUCAAAACAACAGCAACCCACUUGAUAAGUAUGAUGUGGAGACUGAAACAUCUUGGUUUACAAUGUCUAGAAAUGCAAAACUGAGCAAUGAAAAGAUCCUCGACUUUUUCAACCAGCAGACUGACUUGGAUCGAAUGCUCGGAAUGGCGUUCCCCACACAAACAGCAACACAACAACCAAUACAAGUGAUAUCCACAUCUAUUUGGUUCUCAGACGAUUUUGUCAAAGAAAUGAGCAAUUUGGAUGUUGAAGGGAUUCUGAAAACAUGUACUGAAUUUAACAAACUAUGCAAUUCAAACAGGAAAUCUGGUUCGUCGUCUGAUGGUGAGUUGUGUCCGUCAAAUACUUCCCGUAACUACUUGGAUUCGUAUAAUGUCUUUGGCUGUAUACAAACUACAUAUGUAAAAUAUGCGAUAUAG